CCCAGUUCAUCGCAGCUGGAAAAGGAGGUGGCGACGCUCCGGGAGAAAAUCCAUCACCUGGACGACAUGCUGAAGAGUCAGCAGAGAAAAGUGCGCCAGAUGAUCGAGCAGCUGCAGAAUUCCAAGAGCGUGAUCCAGGCCAAGGACGCGGCGAUCCAGGAGCUGAAGGAAAGAGUUUCCUACCUGGAAGCGGAGAAUUUGGAGAUGCACGACCGGAUCGAGCACCUGAUCGAGAAACAAGUGAGCCGGGCCGGGAGCGGCGCCCGGACACGCUCCAGAUCCGAAUACGUCAGCAGCAAACGCCUCCCGGGCCCGAAGCCGCUGCCCCUGAUCCGAGUGGUGGAAACCUGAAUCCCGGGAUUUCCCCUCCGGAAUUCCCGGAAUUCCCGCUGGACUCGGAGCCUUUCCCGAGGGAAGAAGUUUGGGAUCGCUCCCGUGGCGGAAUCCGGGAAUUUCCCCCCCUCCUUUCCCAAGGAUUUUUUGGGAUUCUCGCCGUUCCCGCCUGAAUUCCGGAGGUUUUUUUCCCAACCGGAUUCAGAAUUCCGUAUUUUUUUUUUUUUUCCCAUUUUUUUGGGGGAGUUUCCAAAUCAAAAAUCCGAAUUUCCCGCCUUUUUCCCGAAGAAAAAUUCCCCAAAAAAAUUCCAGGACUUUGGAAAAAAAAAAAAAUCCUCCCUCGAGCCCCGGAAAAUUCCGUUCUUUUCCCGCCAAAAUUCCAGAAAUCCGCCGCUUUUUUUUUUUGUUUUGUUUUGUUUUGUUUUGUUUUCCCACCAAAUCGCUAUCGGAAUUCCCGGGAUUUUCGGGAUUUAUUCCCUGUAUUUAUUUCCGUGAAUUCCCGGGAGGCUCCCGGCGAGGUGGGGGUUGGGCACAGGCCGGAAUUCCCGGAAUUCCCGGAAUUCCCGGGAAUGUCGGCCCAGGACUGCCCCGACCCCUGACCUUUGACCCCGGAGGCUCCGGCCGGGAUCCCCCGGGGUUCCCUUGGAAUGUUGGGAAUUCCCGGAUUUCGGAUGGAGAAAUAAAAACGGAUCCGUCCGCUCCGAA